AUGUCAGUCUAUAUAUUUCUUUUUUUCUGCCUGUAUCGAACAUUCGUUCUUUUCCUUCCCCUCUAUCGCACAUAUAUGGCACAUUCGUUCUAUUCCUGCCUCUCUAUCGCACAUCUAUCGCACAUUCGUUCUCUUCCUUCCUCUUUAUCGCACAUGUAUUGCACAUUCGUUCACUUCCUCCCUCUCUAUCGCACAUGUACCACACAUUCGUUCUAUUCCUUCUUCUCUAUGGCACAUGUAUCGCACAUUCUUUCUCUUCCUCCCUCUCUAUCUCACAUGUACCACACAUUCGUUCUAUUCCUUCUUCUCUAUGGCACAUGUAUCGCACAUUCUUUCUCUUCCUCCCUCUCUAUCUCACAUGUACCACACAUUCGUUCUAUUCCUUCUUCUCUAUGGCACAUGUAUCCGCACAUUCUUGCUCUUCCUCCCUCUCUAUCGCAAAUGUACCGCACAUUCGUUCUAUUCCUUCUUCUCUAUGGCACAUGUAUCCUUUUCUUGCUCUUCCUCCUCUCUAUCGCACAUGUACCACACAUUCGUUCUAUUCCUUCUUCUCUAUGGCACAUGUAUCGCAUUCUUUCUCUUCCUCCCUCUCUAUCUCACAUGUACCACACAUUCGUUCUAUUCCUUCUUCUCUAUGGCACAUGUAUCGCACAUUCUUGCUCUUCCUCCCUCACUAUCGCACAUGUACCGCACAUUCGUUCUAUUCCUUCUUGUCUAUGGCACAUGUAUCCACAUUCUUUUCUCUUCCUUCCUCCUCUAUCUCACAUGUACCACACAUUCGUUCUAUUCCUUCUUCUCUAUGGCACAUGUAUCGCACAUUCUUGCUCUUCCUCCCUCUCUAUCUCACAUGUACCGCACAUUCGUUCUAUUCCUUCUUCUCUAUGGCACAUGUAUCGCACAUUCUUGCUCUUUCUCCCUCUCUAUCGCACAUGUACCACACAUUCGUUCUAUUCCUUCUUCUCUAUGGCACAUGUAUCGCACAUUCUUUCUCUUCCUCCCUCUCUAUCUCACAUGUACCACACAUUCGUUCUAUUCCUUCUUCUCUAUGGCACAUGUAUCGCACAUUCUUGCUCUUCCUCCCUCUCUAUCGCACAUGUACCGCACAUUCGUUCUAUUCCUUCUUCUCUAUGGCACAUGUAUCGCACAUUCGUUCUCUUUCUGACUCUCUAUCACACAUGUAUCGAACAUUCGUUCUCUUCCUGCGUCUCUAUCGCACAUGUAUCGCACAUUCGUUCUAUUCCUUCUUCUCUAUGGCACAUUCCUCCUCUCCUCUCUAUCGCACAUGUACCACACAUUCGUUCUAUUCCUUCUUCUCUAUGGCACAUGUAUCGCACAUUCUUUCUCUUUCUCCUCUCUAUCGCACAUGUACCACACAUUCGUUCUAUUCCUUCUUCUCUAUGGCACAUGUAUCGCACAUUCUUUCCUCCCUCUCUAUCCUUCUCUGUUCCUUCUUCUCUAUGGCACAUGUUCGCACAUUCUUUCUCUUCUUCUCUAUCUCUACCACACAUUUCGUUCUAUUCCUUCUUCUCUAUGGCACAUGUAUCCCUUCAUUCUUGCUCUUUCUCCCUCUCUAUCCUUUUUGUACCACACAUUCGUUCUGUUCCUUCUUCUCUAUGGCACAUGUAUCGCACAUUCUUUCUCUUCCUCCCUCUCUAUCUCAUGUACCCACACAUCGUUCUAUUCCUUCUUCUCUAUGGCACAUGUCGUUCUAUUCUUGCUUCUCCCCUCUCUAUCGCACAUGUACGACAUUUCGUUCUAUUCCUUCUUCUCUAUUCACAUGUAUCGCUUCUUUCUCCCUCCUCUCUAUCGCAUGUACCACACAUUCGUUCUAUUCCUUCUUCUCUAUGGCACAUGUAUCCUUCUUUCUCUUCCUAUCUCUAUCGCACAUGUACCGCAUUCAUUCUAUUCCUUCUUCUCUAUGGCACAUCCAUUCUUUCUAUCUCUAUCUCACAUGUACCACACAUUCGUUCUAUUCCUUCUUCUCUAUGGCACAUGUAUCGCACAUUCUUUCUCUUCCUCCCUCUCUAUCUCACAUCCACACAUUCGUUCUAUUCCUUCUUCUCUAUCUAUUCCUUCCUCCCUCUCUAUCUCACAUGUACCACACAUUCGUUCUAUUCCUUCUUCUCUAUGGCACAUGUAUCGCACAUUCUUUCUCUUCCUCCCUCUCUAUCGCACAUGUACCACACAUUCGUUCUAUUCCUUCUUCUCUAUGGCACAUGUAUCGCACAUUCUUUCUCUUCCUCCCUCUCUAUCGCACAUGUACCACACAUUCGUUCUAUUCCUUCUUCUCUAUCGCACAUGUAUCGCACAUUCUUCUCUUUCUCUUCCUCUCAUGUAUCCAUUCGUUCUCUUCCUCCUCUCUAUCGCAUGUAUCACACAUCCGUUCUCUUCCUUCUUCUCUAUAUCACAUGUUUUUCACAUCGUUCUCUUUUCCUUCUUUCACAUUCCUUCCCUCCAUCUCUAUCUCACAUGUACCGCACAUUCGUUCUCUUCCUUCCACUCUAUCGCACAUGUGUCGCAUUCGUUCUCUUCCUCCUCUCUAUCUCACAUGUACCGCACAUUCAUUCUAUUCCUUCUUCUCUAUCGCACAUGUAUCGCGCAUUCGUUCUCUUCCAGCCUCUCUAUCGCAUGUCGCACAUUCGUUCUCUUCCUCCUCUCUAUCGCACAUGUACCGCACAUUCGUUCUAUUCCUUCUUCUCUAUAUCGCAGCGUUCUCUUCCAGUCUCUAUCGCACAUUCGUUCUCGUUCUCCUCAUGUAUCGCCUCUCUAUCGCAUCAUUUAUCACACAUUCGUUCCUUCCUGCCUCUCUAUCACGCAUGUAUCGCACAUUCGUUCUCUUCCUUCUUCUUUAUCAUGACAAAUUCUUCUCUUCCUGCGUCUCUAUCGCACAUGUAUCACACAUUCGUUCUUUUCUUCCUCUUUAUCGCCUCUCACAUUCGUUCCCUUCUUGCCUCUCUAUCGCAUCGUUCGUUAUCUUCCUUCCUCUCCGCACAUGUAUCUUCCUUCGUUCUCUUCCUGCCUCUCUAUCGUUUUGUAUCGCACAUUCGUUAUCUUCCUUCCUCUCUAUCGCACAUGUAUCGCACAUUCGUUCACUUCCUGCCUCUCUAUCUCACAUGUAUCGCACAUUCGUUAUCUUCCUGCCUCUCUAUCGCACAUUAUCGCACAUCUUCACUUCCUGCCUCUCUAUCUCUAUCGCACAUUCGUUUCUCUUCCUGCCUCUCUGUCGCACAUGUAUCGUUCUCUUCCUGCCUCUCUAUCGCACAUGUAUCGCACAUUCGUUCUCUUCCUUCCUCUCUAUCGCACAUGUAUCGCACAUUCGUUCUCUUCCUGCCUCUCUAUCGCACAUGUAUCGCACAUUCGUUCUCUUCCUGCCUCUCUAUCGCCCUUAUCGCACAUUCGUUAUCUUCCUUCCUCUCUAUCGCACAUUCGUUCUCUUCCUGCCUCUCUAUCGCACAUGUAUCGCACAUUCGUUCUCUUCCUGCCUCUCUAUCGCACAUGUAUCGCACAUUCGUUCUCUUCCUGCCUCUCUAUCGCACAUGUAUCGCACAUUCGUUCACUUCUUGCCUCUCUAUCGCACACAUUCGUUCUCUUCCUGCCUCUCUAUCGCACAUGUAUCGCACAUUCGUUCUCUUCCUUCUUCUUUAUCGCACAUGUAUUACAAAUUCGUUCUCUUCCUGCGUCUCUAUCGCACAUGUAUCACACAUUCGUUCUUUUCCUUCCUCUUUAUCGCACAUGUAUCACACAUUCGUUCCCUUCUUGCCUCUCUAUCGCACAUGUAUCGCACAUUCGUUAUCUUCCUUCCUCUCUAUCGCACAUUCGUUCUCUUCCUGUAUCGCAUUCGUUCUCUUCCUUCGUUCUCCUCCUCUCUAUCGCACAUGUAUCGCACAUUCGUUCUCCUUCUAUCGCACAUAUCGCCCAUUCGUUAUCUUCCUUCCUCUCUAUCGCACAUGUAUCGCCCAUUCGUUCUCUUCCUUCCUCUCUAUCCUUUUAUGUAUCGUUCGUUCUUCUUCCUGCCUCUCUAUCGCACAUGUAUCGCACAUUCGUUAUCUUCCUUCCUCUCUAUCCUUUGUGUAUCUUCCUUGCCUCUCUAUCGCACAUGUAUCGCAUUCGUUCUCUUCCUGCCUCUCUAUCGCACAUGUUCUCUUCCUGCCUCUCUAUCGUAUCGCAUUCGUUCUCUUCCUGCCUCUCUGUCGCACAUGUAUCGCACAUUCGUUCUCUUUCCUGCCUCUCUAUCGCAUUCGUUCUCUUCCUGCCUCUCUAUCGCACAUUAUCGUUCCUUCCUUCUUGCCUCUCUAUCGCACAUGUAUCGCACAUUCGUUAUCUUCCUUCCUCUCUAUCGCACAUGUAUCGCACAUUCGUUCUCUUCCUGCCUCUCUAUCGCACAUGUAUCGCAUUCGUUCUCUUCCUUCCUUAUCUUCGCUUCCAUUCGUUCUCUUCCUGCCUCUCUAUCAUGUAUCGCACAUUCGUUCUCUUCCUGCCUCUCUAUCGCAUGUAUCGUUUUUUUCGUUCUCUUCCUGCCUCUCUAUCGCACAUGUAUCGCACAUUCGUUCACUUCUUGCCUCUCUAUCGCACAUGUAUCACAUUCGUUCUCUUCCUCUUCCAUUCGUUCUCUUCCUCUUUAUCGCACAUGUAUCCUUUUCAUUCGUUUUCUCUUCCUUCCUCUCUAUCGCACAUGUAUCGCAAUUUCGUUUCUCUUCCUGCCUCUCUAUCGCACAUGUAUCGCCCAUUCGUUCUCUUCCUGCCUCUCUAUCGCAUGUAUCGCACAUUCGUUCUCUUCCUGCCUCUCUAUCGCACAUGUAUCGCACAUUCGUUCUCUUCCUGCCUCUCUAUCGCACAUGUAUCGUACAUUCGUUCUCUUCCUUCCUCUCUAUCGCACAUGUAUUCGUUCAUUUCUUGCCUUCCUAUCUCUCUAUCGCACAUUCGUUAUCUUCCUGCCUCUCUAUCGCAUGUAUCGUACAUUCGUUCUCUUCCUGCCUCUCUAUCGCACAUGUAUCCCACAUUCGUUCGUUCCUUCUCUCUAUCUGCCUCUCUCUAUCGCACAUGUAUCGUACAUUCGUUCUCUUCCUGCCUCUCUAUCACACAUAUGUAUCGCACAUUCGUUCCUUCCUUCCUCUCUAUCGCACAUGUAUCGCACAUUCGUUCACUUCCUGCCUCUCUAUCUGUAUCCUCUCUUCGUCGCCUCUCUAUCGCACAUUUAUCGCACAUUCGUUCUCUUCCUCUCUCUAUCGCACAUGUAUCGUACAUUCGUUCUCUUCCUGCCUCUCUUCGUUCUCUUCCUUCCUCCUCUAUCCUUUUGUAUCGUACUUUCGUUCUCUUCCUGCCCCUCUAUCGCACAUGUAUCGCACAUUCGUUCUCUUCCUCCUCUCUAUCGCACAUGUAUCCUUUUUCGUUCUCUUCCUGCCUCUCUAUCUCUAUCGCACAUGUAUCGCACAUUCGUUCUCUUCCUUCCUCUCUAUCGCAUGUAUCGUACUUUCGUUCUCUUCCUGCCCCUCUAUCGCACAUGUAUCGCGCUCUUCCUUCCUCUCUAUCGCACAUGUAUCGCACUUUCGUUCUCUUCCUGCCUCUCUAUCGCACAUGUAUCGCACAUUCGUUCACUUCCUGCCUCUCUAUCGCACAUGUAUCGUACAUUCGUUCUCUUCCUGCCCCUCUAUCGCACAUGUAUCGCACAUUCGUUCUCUUCCUGCCUCUCUAUCGUACAUGUAUCGCACAUUCGUUCUCUUCCUUCCUCUAUCGCACAUGUAUCGCCCGUUCGUUCUCUUCCUGCCUCUCUAUCGCACAUGUAUCGUACAUUCAUCUCUCUUCCUGCCUCUCUAUCGCACAUCUUCGUUCUCUUCCUGCCUCUCUGUCGCACAUGUAUCGCACAUUCGUUCUCUUCCUGCCUCUCUAUCGCACAUGUAUCGCCCAUUCGUUCACUUCCUGCCUCUCUAUCUCACAUGUAUCACACAUUCGUUCUCUUCCUGCCUCUCUAUCGCACAUGUAUCGCACAUUCUUUCUCUUCCUUCCUCUCUAUCGCACAUGUAUCGCACAUUCGUUCUCUUCCUUCCUCUCUAUCGCACAUGUAUCGUACAUUCGUUCUCUUCCUGCCUCUCUAUCGCACAUGUAUCGCCCAUUCGUUCUCUUCCUGCCUCUCUGUCGCACAUGUAUCGCACAUUCGUUCUCUUCCUGCCUCUCUAUCGCACAUGUAUCGCCCAUUCGUUCACUUCCUGCCUCUCUAUCUCACAUGUAUCGCACAUUCGUUCUCUUCCUGCCUCUCUAUCGCACAUGUAUCGCACAUUCGUUCUCUUCCUUCCUCUCUAUCGCACAUGUAUCACACAUUCGUUCUCUUCCUUCCUCUCUAUCGUACAUGUAUCGCACUUUCGUUCUCUUCCUGCCUCUCUAUCGCACAUGUAUCGUAUUCGUUCUCUUCCUUCCUCUCUAUCGUACAUUAUCGUUCUUCUCUUCCUGCCUCUCUAUCGCACAUGUAUCGCACAUUCGUUCUCUUCCUUCCUCUCUAUCGCACAUGUAUCGUACAUUCGUUCUCUUCCUGCCUCUCUAUCGCACAUGUAUCGCACAUUCGUUCUCUUCCUGCCUCUCUAUCGCACAUGUAUCGCACAUUCGUUCUCUUCCUUCUUCUUUAUCGCACAUGUAUCCUUCCCAUUCGUUCUCUUCCUGCCUCUCUAUCGCACAUGUAUCGCCCAUUCGUUCUCUUCCUGCCUCUCUAUCGCACAUGUAUCGCACAUUCGUUCUCUUCCUUCCUCUCUAUCGCACAUGUAUCGCCCAUUCGUUCUCUUCCUUCCUCUCUAUCGCACAUGUAUCGCACAUUCGUUCUCUUCCUUCCUCUCUAUCGCACAUGUAUCGUACAUUCGUUCUCUUCCUGCCUCUCUAUCGCACAUGUAUCGCCCAUUCGUUCUCUUCCUUCCUCUCUAUCGCACAUGUAUCGCCCAUUCUUUCUCUUCCUUCCUCUCUAUCGCACAUGUAUCGCCCAUUCGUUCUCUUCCUGCCUCUCUAUCGCACAUGUAUCGCCCAUUCGUUCUCUUCCUGCCUCUCUAUCGCACAUUUUUCGUACAUUCGUUCUCUUCCUGCCUCUCUAUCGCACAUGUAUCGCACAUUCGUUCUCUUCCUGCCUCUCUAUCGCACAUGUAUCCUUGUUCGUUCUCUUCCUUCCUCUCUAUCGCACAUGUAUCGCCCAUUCUUUCUCUUCCUUCCUCUCUAUCGCACAUGUAUCGCACAUUCGUUCUCUUCCUGCCUCUCUAUCGCACAUGUAUCGCACAUUCGUUCUCUUCCUUCCUCUCUAUCGCACAUGUAUCGCCCAUUCGUUCUCUUCCUGCCUCUCUAUCGCACAUGUAUCGCACAUUCGUUCUCUUCCUUCCUCUCUAUCGCACAUGUAUCGCCCAUUCGUUCUCUUCCUGCCUCUCUAUCGCACAUGUAUCGCACAUUCGUUCUCUUCCUGCCUCUCUAUCGCACAUGUAUCGCCCAUUCGUUCUCUUCCUUCCUCUCUAUCGCACAUGUAUCGCCCAUUCUUUCUCUUCCUUCCUCUCUAUCGCACAUGUAUCGCCCAUUCGUUCUCUUCCUGCCUCUCUAUCGCACAUGUAUCGCCCAUUCGUUCUCUUCCUGCCUCUCUAUCGCACAUGUAUCGCACAUUCGUUCUCUUCCUUCCUCUCUAUCGCACAUGUAUCGUACAUUCGUUCUCUUCCUGCCUCUCUAUCGCACAUGUAUCGCACAUUCGUUCUCUUCCUGCCUCUCUAUCGCACAUGUAUCGCCCAUUCGUUCUCUUCCUUCCUCUCUAUCGCACAUGUAUCGCCCAUUCGUUCUCUUCCUUCCUCUCUAUCGCACAUGUAUCCUUUUGUUCGUUCUCUUCCUGCCUCUCUAUCUUACAUGUAUCGCCCAUUCGUUCUCUUCCUUCCUCUCUAUCCUUUUGUAUCGCACAUUCGUUAUCUUCCUUCCUCUCUAUCGCACAUGUAUCGUACAUUCGUUCUCUUCCUGCCUCUCUAUCGCACAUGUAUCGCACAUUCGUUCUCUUCCUGCCUCUCUAUCGCACAUGUAUCGUACAUUCGUUCUCUUCCUUCCUCUCUAUCGCACAUGUAUCGUACAUUCGUUAUCUUCCUUCCUCCCUAUCGAUCGUAUUUUCUGUCACUCUCUCACAUCUUUUCAUAUCUUUCUAUCAUAAUCCUUCUCCGAAAUACGACUGGUUCGUAUUCCUCCACCUCGUCCCUAUGUGAUUCUUCCUCCGUGGAAUCAUCUCGACUAUCCCCGCUCACGAGGAUUUCAUUCUCACUACUUGUUGAAGAUCGUGAGUUACCACUGUCUGUGCAAAUAUUAACGGUCCCUCAGCAUGACCGCAUUCUGCCACUGAUCGUCUCCACAUUUACGUGCUUUCCGGUCCACAACCGGCAUCCGUCUGCACUAACGAUCGACCAAAGAGCAGCCAGAGUCAAUGAGAGCUGGUCACCACUCCCCAUCGACCAAUACACUGACUAUACGCAGCGCUGCAUUUAUAUCUGGCAAUGA